GUCUGCUACAUACAUAUUAACCAAGUGCAGAUGUAGACAUACUCGACUACCUAUCCCAUCUAACCCAUGUAAUAACUAUAAUUGAACUGGGAAGUAUGGCUUUAUAGCAGUAGAUCUUCCUCGCGCCAAUCGAACAGCAAUAUGGACGAGGUAGAGGCCGUAGGUCCGCGGCGGGGCUCCAUACUCAGAUCACAAGAAAGUACGGCGUUCACAUCCCGGUAUACGUCAGAUGGGCUGCCGAUUAGCGCUGACCGAUCACCUACCGCAGUUUUUAGGCAACAGUUUUACCGGAUUGGUUACUUCUGCGCAACGCAUCCCUUUGUCAUCUUCUUCGUGACUUUCAUAGCCUGGACACUAUGUUCUCUGCCGUUGUUGCUCUUUGGUCUGGGAGACCUGCAGCCGCGUCUGAUUGCUUGGUCGGCAACCUCUGCGCCCACGGGCAUGGAGGCUCAGCUGCCGUCUCGCCCAGAGGUGACUUUACUCUCCAUGAGGCUGGACGUGCCACGAGAUGCCACGCCCGACGUGAAUGCCUGUAGGCAUAUAAUUCUUACUACCAUGGAUACUCUCAAGCGCAUUGAGGGAUUUCAUACCGAAAUAGGGUCCCGCAACGUGUCUUUCACCGAUUUCUGCUACCAGCCCGACGACCAAGAACAAUUGUGUGUGUUGGCGGCACCGGGUCAUUUCUGGAAGGACGACAGGGCCGCACUGAUGGCUGAUCCUGAUCCGCUCGAAACGAUGACGCGGUCGAGUGCUAUAUACAGAGAAGCAAUUGUCGGGGGAGCUACUCAUGCAUGGGGUUCCAACCAGGUCAUCGGUUUCAGUUCUCUGAGUACAACAUUUGCAUUCGAAACAUCUGAUGAAAGGGCGGGAGAUCGAUCCUUGUUUUUACAACGGCUCACCGGUUGGCUUCAAUCCGAAAAUUCGACCGUCAAUGCCAAUAUUAGCUGGCAUUUCUCUGACAUGCAAACGACACACCUGUACUUUGAGGUUCCACAAAUCGAGCUGAGCUCUGACGUCAUUUUCCUGGUCUGCACGUACGUCCUAGUAAUCCUGUACAUUUACUUCAGUGUCGAAACCAAAUUUCACAUGGUAAAAUCCAAGGUUGGAUUGGGUUUGACGUCAGUAGUGAUGUUGCUAAUUUCUCUCAGCAUGUCCGUGGGAAUCUGCCAAAUGUUUGGAUUCGUGCCUACGCUGGUGGUUGUAGAGGUCAUCCCUUUCCUCAUCAUCGCUGUUGGAGUCGAGAACAUCUUCUUCAUCACACAUGCCGUGGUGGCAACGCCCUUGGACAAUUCGGUACACCAUCGCGUCGCCGAAGGUUUAUCGAACACUGGCAAUAAGGUUGUUGUGUACUUAUUGGCGGAGUUGAUGCUCACCAUCGUGGGAUCGUUGAGUUCCAUCGACGCUUUGCGAGAGUUUUCGAUCUUUACCUUUUUUUCGCUUUUGGUAGAUUUUUACCUGCAGAUCAUAUUCUUCCCCGCGGUUUUGUCAAUUGACAUACGACGGAUGGAGCUGAGCGAUAUCCAGAUGCAUUUAAAGCACUGUCAGACAGUGCAUCAGCCACGGCGGCGGCGAUCACGUUUUCUCACUCGCCGGCCGGGCAAGCUAAUUUCAGCUCUCGCGAUGGUUCUGCUUUUGGUAGCAGCCUUCAUUCUCAGCGAAUCAGAAGGGGCAAAUAUCAGCUUGCCACCGUAUAAUACGAACAAAUUGCUUAAUGAAUACAACGGAAUAUUACUGGACAAAAGAUACGUCGCCUAUGUCCCACCAAUGAAUGGUGCGCUUCGAGAUAUCGCUGGGCCGAAUGGAUCGCGAAUUGAUCUGACCACCAUACAUGUAAGUACGGAGGCAUCGAUCGUCAACGUCGCUUUGACCGUCUUUGACACGCUGGUGAAAACAAUGACGGAGAUUGCGAAAGAAGUUACGUCUCACAUGUGGCUCAAUAUGGUCUUAAUAGUGGUACUUUUCCUCGUGAUCAUGGCUUGGGUAUGGCGCAUGACUUCUGGUCUCCAUGAUAGGCUCCCAGAUACAAGCGACAUGGUUGAGAAGUGGAAAGAUGGCGACAUUGAAACGGACCAGUUUGGCUUGGAAAGUGAUCAACACUCUGCCGAAAUCUCACAACUUGUGUAUUCAGAACAAGUUUUGAUCUCCUCGUGCACCGAUAGCAUAGUCAAAGUAUGGCACAUCGAUACCGGUCAAUGUUUGCGAACGUACAGCUUUCUACAACCCGACAUAGUCCCGCCAGAUGAAGAAGAUGAAACUGUGUGGAGUAUAGCGAUUGCCGCUAAAGGGCUGGUGGCAAUCGGGCUCGGUUCUGGGGCUCUCUUAGUUGAUCGCCUCAAUUUACGGUCAUCCUCGCGGGAGAGGCCCGGCCAAAGUUCAUAUUUAGAUUCUCCUGAUCAGGGAAUACGUGGCUCAGCAAAAGCUGGGAGUGGAGGCGAGCAAUUACGCACAAGAGCAUCAUCCUGCAGCACAUUAACUAGGUUGAACUCCGCAUGCACGAGCGGUGUAAGCUGCAUAGCGACGGGUUCAUAUUAUAUCAUAUCUGGUGAUGCAGAUGGCUGUGUGCGUGCGUGGAGCGCAACGGCUGGCCUUGAGUCCGAAUCCUCCUCAUUUUUGUCUCUGCCAUCAUUAGCAAGCACUAGCUCCGAUUCAGAUGCGGAUAUGACAUCCAUGGGCCGGACAGUGCCCUUGAGCAACAUCACUGAUCUGAAUACAAUGCGCAAUUUUCUGUCUGUGGUAUGCCACACGGCAGCUGUCACCGUACUGGAAAUGAGUGGCCAGUUGUGUGUUUCGGGAUCGACCGAUGCCUCUGUUUGCAUUUUAUCUCUGUCGCAAGGAGCUAUCUUGCACAAACUCGAUGGACACCACCAUGCCAUCUCGUCGCUUUCUCUGUGGAAUUGGGCUAGGGGUGGUUUGCGUGUAGCGUCUGGCGACGAGAAUGGCACUGUGUGCCUAUGGGAUGCGCAUUUAGGCAAAAAGUCACGUGCGCUCUCUGGUUUGACAUCAGCAGUGCUGACCACGUGUGUGGACAAUCGGCCCACUUUUUCUCACACAUCAGCCAGUAGGACUCUGAUUAUGGGCUGCGAUUUUGAGCAGCUAAUUGUAUGGGAUGCUCGUAGUGGUAGGGCUUGUUGCAAUCUGCCGGUGCCGGAUCAGGGCUUGGUACAACCAGCCCAUCUCAAAAACGGCCUGGUGGCCAUUGGGGCAAUGGACAGUAUUGGGUUAUACGAUGCGAUUAGUGGUACGUGCGUGCGGGUUAUAGAUUUGCCUAAGCUGCAAGUGACCGUUGACAGACGAGAAGCCAGGCGGCGGCGAGUGCGACAGCAGCAUAAUCAAGACAAUGACCAGCAAAAUAGUACUGGAAACACACCCAAUGGUGCGAGCAACCACAAUGCUCAGUACGCUGGCGAGGACGAUGAGAGGCCGCGCAUCGUUAGCCAACAAGAUAUGUCACAGCAUGUCGACACAACUAUACUGCCCUCAAUACCGGUGUCCGUGAGGUUUUGUGGUGAAAUCGUCGUCUGCUCUCGAGGGAAUUCCCUCUUCAGACUCUCGCGGAGACGUAGUGAAGAUAAGGAUAAUAAGGCGGAAUAGCACCACAGUGAUAUAGUAACAACGACCUACUAGUACGAUAUGUAAGAGAGUUAGCACUAGUGCAAGUCCAGUUGUUGAGCAGCUGAGCGGCCAACGACCCUACAUGGUGUUGUUUGAAAAGUUUACAGUGAGCACAUGAUGGUAUGUCAUAGAAUGACUGAGUCGCUACAUGUCAGGGUCAGAAGUCUUGAUAUAUGUGUAUUAGUGCUUACUACUCCCAGUACAUACCAAGAUGGCUCAAACGGCUCUAAGCCUACGUGAAUAAGUAUUCGCUUCACAUAAAUCCGCAAUGCAUGGCUAAUUUAUCACAGACAUUAAGAC